UGGUCGGCUCGUUCUCCCUGCAUCCCCGCGCGGGAGGCUGGGGUGCGCGCGCGCUCGUUCGCGCGGCCGGCUGCGUACAGUAGUGACGGCCGCGCGGGAGCGGUCACAUGACCGUAGCGGCUGCCUGUACAGUAAGGACCCAAUAUGGCAGCGGCGGUAGCAGUGGUAACGGCAGCAGGAGGACCGGCCGCCCCAUAGACCGCCUCCCGCGCACCACCCCCGCCGCUUCCUCUGCUUGGGUGCUCCUCCGGCCUGACUUCCCCUUUCUCCCAUCUUUCCCGGCACCGCGGGAAAAACAGCGCAGGGCAGAGCAGGCAGGGAGGGCGGCCGCAGCCCGGACACGGGAGCCUCCCAGUCAGUUCAAGACCCGACAUGAGGGAAAAGGGCCGUAGGAAGAAGGGCAGGACCUGGGCGGAGGCCGCCAAGACGGUCUUAGAAAAAUAUCCCAAUACACCCAUGAGUCAUAAAGAAAUUCUUCAAGUUAUCCAGAGAGAAGGACUAAAAGAAAUCAGAAGUGGAACUUCCCCUCUUGCAUGCCUGAAUGCAAUGCUGCACACAAACUCCCGAGGUGAAGAGGGCAUCUUCUAUAAGGUUCCAGGUAGAAUGGGAGUGUAUACUUUGAAGAAAGAUGUGCCGGAUGGGGUGAAAGAGCUAUCAGAAGGUUCAGAAGAAAGCAGUGAUGGUCAGUCAGAUUCCCAGAGUUCUGAGAACAGCAGCAGCAGCAGUGAUGGUGGCAGCAACAAGGAGGGAAAAAAGAGCAGGUGGAAAAGGAAAGUAUCGUCUAGACUGUCACAACCAUCCUCUCCUCAGUCAGGCUGCCCAUCACCCACCAUUCCAGCAGGUAAAGUCAUUUCUCCAUCACAGAAGCACAGCAAGAAGGCACUAAAGCAGGCUCUAAAACAGCAACAGCAGAAGAAACAGCAGCAGCAGCAAUGCAGGCCAAGCAUGUCCAUCUCCUCCAACCAGCACCUCUCUCUGAAGACUGUCAAAGCAGCCAGUGACUCUGUACCUGCCAAACCUGCGAUAUGGGAAGGAAAGCAAUCUGACGGACAGUCAAGCAGCCCUCAGAACUCAAACUCUAGCUUUUCUUCUUCAGUUAAAGUGGAAAAUCCUUUGCUAGGCCUGGGAAAGAAGUCAUUCCAGAGGUCUGACAGGCUUCACACAAGGCAAAUGAAGAGGACUAAAUGUGCUGAAAUUGAUGUUGAGACACCAGACUCCAUUCUGGUUAAUACAAACCUACGAGCACUAAUCAACAAACACACCUUUUCAGUCCUUCCUGGAGAUUGCCAACAGCGACUGCUUCUACUACUUCCAGAGGUGGAUCGACAGGUUGGUCCAGAUGGUCUGAUGAAGUUAAAUGGCUCAGCCCUUAAUAAUGAGUUCUUCACUUCAGCAGCCCAAGGCUGGAAGGAAAGACUUUCAGAAGGUGAGUUUACACCUGAGAUGCAGGUGAGAAUUCGACAAGAGAUUGAGAAGGAGAAAAAAGUAGAGCCUUGGAAAGAACAAUUUUUUGAAAGCUACUAUGGUCAGAGUUCUGGCCUGAGCCUUGAAGAUUCAAAGAAAUUGACAGCUUCACCCAACGAUCCCAAAGUAAAGAAAACCCCAGCUGAGCAACCAAAAUCCAUGCUUCCUUCAGAGGCCUCUCCUGUCAAUAUAGUCUCAGUAAUUCCCCAGUUAGUGUCUAAAGAAGAAGUACUACAGCUGCCAUCACCAGUCAGAAAAGAAGAGCAUGAAAGCCAAGAUAAGAUGCAGCCAAAGUCCAAAUCCCCAGAGCCCCUGCUUUCCUCAGCUCCCAAUACAGAUGAGCUUAGCAGCGUCCCUCCCAUCAAGUGCCCAAAGGAUGAGGCUCUCUUGGAGCAAAAGCCAGUUGCCUCUGCUGAACAGAAGUCUGAGAAAGAGAGUCAUCUCACUACAACUUCAAAUUAUAAUAAAAAUGAAAGCCAAGAAGCUUUAGUUACAUCCCUGAGCAAACCCAAGAGCCCUGGGGUAGAAACAACAGUAGUGAAGCCCAUAGUAGAAGCAGGUCUACAGGAGACCACUAUGAAAGAGCCUCCAUCAGCUCUGGCUGAUCACAGCCCAGAAAAUCUCAAGAGGAAACCUUCUGUCACCCAAGAAGAGGCCCCUACAAGCUGGGAGAAGAGACCACGUGUCACUGAGGAUCGCCAGCACCAGCAGCCAUUUCCAGUCUCCCCACAGCCCUUUCUCAGUAGAGGGGACAGGUUCCAGGUGCGGAAAGUACCACCUCUCAAGAUCCCGGUCUCCAGAAUCUCCCCCAUGCCGUUUCCUACAUCGCAGGUCUCUCCCAGGGCUCGUUUUCCAAUCUCCAUCACUAGUCCUAACAGAACAGGAGCCAGAACUCUCGCAGACAUCAAAGCAAAAGCCCAGCUGGUCAAAGCACAGAGGGCAGCAGCUGCUGCUGCAGCCGCAGCUGCUGCAGCCGCCUCAGUUGGAGGGACCAUUCCAGGACCUGGCCCAGGGGGUGGACAAGGUCCAGGAGAGGGGGCUGAAAGGAGAACUGCUAGAGGAGGGAGUCCAGACUCAAACAGAGUCAGUGAAACUGGAAAGGGCCCCACACUGGAACUGGCAGGAACUGGAAGCAGGGGAGGUACGAGAGAGCUUUUACCCUGUGGUCCAGAGACUCAGCCCCAAUCUGAGACCAAGACCCCAGGCCAGGCACAGUCUCACAGUGUCUCUGGAGCACAACUACAGCAAACCUCCUCAGUGCCUCCACCAUCUGCCAUCAGUGGAGCGUGCUCAAGUGUCCCGUCACCAGCCCACGCUAACACACCCCCACCAGCUUUAGGGAAAGUAAGUAAUGAAAAACUGAACCCCACCAGGGCGGCAGCCACGGUGGCCUCUCUUAGCCACCCACAAGGGCCCAGUAAUGGUAGGCAGGAGAAAGCACCUCCUACUCCAGCAGAUCCUGCUCUAAUCGCAGGUGCCUCACCUGUUCAUUUUGCAGUCGAUGGCACAGUUGAGCCCAAAGCAGGUUCUAGUAAGAAUACACCAAACCCUCCAGCCUCAGCAGAGAUAAGUGCUAGUGCUUCAGUGGACAUGACUCCCUCCCCUUUAACAUCUUUAUUAGCAACAGCCUCUUUAGAGAAGCUUCCUGUACCCCAGGUCGUUGUAACCAUAGCACCUACUGGAUCAGCUCCAUCCUCGAGCACUUUGCCAGCAGCUUCUAGCCUUAAGACCCCAGGAGCUUCUUCAAGUAUGAAUGGACCCAUUUCAAGGCCAAGCUCUAAUAUCCCUGCUAAUAAUCCUUUGGUAACUCAGCUGCUGCAAGGCAAAGAUGUUCCCCUGGAGCAAAUUCUGCCUAAACCUCUCACCAAAGUUGAAAUGAAAACUGUUCCACUAACUACAAAAGAGGAAAAGGGGAUGAUGAUAGGAGCACUCGCAGGUACCAGCGUAACAGAAAAUAGCACCAGAGAGGAAGUUAAUGAGAGACAGUCCCAUCCAGCUACACAGCAACUGGGUAAAAGUUUGCAAAGUAAGCAGCUCCCCCAGGUUCCAAGACCCCUUCAGCUCUUUUCAGGUAAGGAUCUAAGGGACGCUAGCAUUGACACACACCAAUACCAAGAAGGACUAAGUAAAGCAACCCAAGAUCAGAUCCUUCAGACACUCAUCCAAAGGGUUCGGAGGCAGAAUGUUCUCUCGUUUGUGCAGCCCUCCCAGUUCAACUUCACUCACUCAGGUUUCCAGUUAGAGGACAUCUCCACAAGCCAGAGGUUUAUGCUGGGUUUUGCUGGCAGAAGGACAUCCAAGCCUGCCAUGGCAGGUCACUACUUACUUAACAUUUCCACCUAUGGCCGGGGUUCAGAGAGCCUUAGGAGGACCCAUUCUGUAAACCCCGAAGACAGAUUUUGUCUAAGUAGCCCCACUGAGGCCUUGAAGAUGGGAUAUACAGAUUGUAAAAAUGCAGCAGGAGAUAGUAGCAGCGGUAAAGAAGAUGAUACUGAUGAGGAAAGUACUGGUGAUGAGCAAGAAUCUGUCAUGGUGAAGGAGGAGCCGCAGGCUUCCCAGAGUUCUGGCAAGUGUGAAGCAAGUUCAGGACCCCACAGUAGAGAAACCCUAUCCACCAGUGAUUGUUCAGCUAAAAAGAAUGUGAAGGCAGAGAUGCCAGUGCCUGAGCAAACCACUUUAAGCAAGGAGAAUUACCUGUUCACUAGAGGCCAAACAUUUGAUGAGAAGACCCUAGCCAGAGAUUUUAUUCAGGCAGCACAGAAGCAGAUGGCUCACGCAGUGAGAGGUAAGACCGUGCGGAGCAGCCCUGAGCUUUUCAAUUCUACUGCUCUUCCUCUACCUGCAGACAGCCCUACCCAUCAGUCUCUACUCCUUCCACCACUGCAAACCCCAAAGCUGUAUGGAAGCCCCACACAGAUUGGGCCAAGCUACAGAGGCAUGAUCAACGUCUCCACCUCAUCGGACAUGGACCAUAACUCUGCUGUACCGGGGAUGCCUGACUGUAGCCAGGUAUCUAGCAAUGUCGGUGAUGUCAUGUCCUUUUCAGUGACUGUCACAACCAUCCCUGCUAGCCAAGCUAUGAAUCCCAGCAACCACGGCCAGACCAUUCCUGUUCAGGCCUUUCCUGAAGAGAACAGCAUAGAGGACACACCUUCGAAAUGUUACUGCCGAUUGAAAGCCAUGAUCAUGUGCAAGGGGUGUGGAGCCUUCUGCCACGAUGAUUGCAUUGGCCCCUCCAAACUGUGUGUCUCCUGCCUUGUCGUUCGGUAAUGAGACCGGGAGAACACACUGUAAAGAAGGCAGGAAGGGGGAAGGGUUGACAGAUGUGGUUUUUGAGUUCUUUUGGAAUCACAGAAAUAAACUAGGUUUCAGUUGUCUUAAGAGACAAGUGUUACUUAAUCAGGAAUACAGAGUACAGAUCUUACAUUUUAGAGGAAAAGCACCUUGUAUAGUAAGUCCAAGUCAAGACUUUGUGAAUUUGUGACAAGUUUGCACUUACAAAAUCAUGUAAAUAUGUCACAUCUUGUUUUAACAUUUUUCCAGGUGUUUAGGUAAUAAUGUAUUACUUUGACUUCAGAUUGAUGUUCCACUUCAUGUGACUUUGAAAAGUUUAAUGCCAUGCAUGGUGAAAGGAAGCGAUUUCCCUUCUGCCCUUUCUUAAGAGGCUAGGAAAAGAAAGGAGUGAGGGAAUGGUCUGAAGAAAUGACCACUCAUGUUGAUUAUGUCUUGACCGCAGGCUUUACGUAGGUUAUUCAGCCUUCACAGGAUUUGGAUUCAGGGUUUACUCAGUCCCUUUACCUUAGAUGGAACCUUCUCAAGUUGAAAUUUUUGAUAAGGUAUUAAUUUCACAGGCAGUACUUGAGACUCUGAAAAUUCUGACUUGGUUCUUGGCUUCCAUAAACGAGUACUGUUGCCAGGCACUCUGCUUGCAGUUUGUGGAUCCCUGCUGUUCCCUAAUCCCACUCCCUUGCCCUGAAGCAGCGUGCGUGGUCCAUGAAAAGUUUGCCUCGCGGGGCCCCUUGGGUUACCAUCACCUGUGCAGGGCAGUAAUUCCAGCAAUAAUCUCCGAGGAUUUAGUCAUUCGUGGGAGCUUACAAACAAGUUUGAAAUACUAGUAUAAAAUUAACAGAAAAGUGUUAGUGAUAGGGUGAUUUGAACUAUGUGUUUUGUUGGGUAAGCAGAGUAAAGGUGCAGAAACUGUUGAACUGAACAUAAAGAACUUUGGAAAACAAUUUUAACACUAGAAACAAAGUAGCCCCUCUCAUCCUCUUCUCUCCCAACCUGUUACCUAAUGUUCUACAGUUAGCUGUUGCUACAGGUAGAAAAACUCAUUAAUACCACAUUUGCCCAUUCUGUUAAACCUGUUUUGACCUCCCAGGCAUCUGAGGAAUAUGGGGGUAAUCUUAUAUAUUACUCUGAACAUACACGUGUGCGUGCGCGCACACACACCGUAAAAGUCAGACACUUUUCCUGUUUUAGAAAACAUGUCCCCUUUCUUGGACUACUGCUCUCUACACACUAGAAAUUUCUAAUGUAAAGGGGCUUUAGUGAAUGACUUAGGAAACAUCUAGAAAGGAAAAGAAAUCAGCUGCAAAUUUUUGUUUUUGUUUAUUUUUGUUUCCUUUAUGUUGAAUUCUGUCUCUAGUGACUAAAGAAUUUUUGAGUACAUACAUUUAGGUCAUGGUUAAAGAACAUUAAAAUAAAUCUACAAUUUACCAGAAUUCGGUAUGAAAAAGUUGGGGAUUGUCAAUGCGUACAUUUGCAUAUUGAUUCCAAAUCUCCUAACUUCACGUAUGCAAAGGACACACAUUAUUAGUGCAACCUAGUACAGUCAUAGUUGUACUUAAUAUUCAGGAUGUGACAUAUACAAAAUGCAGAACAGUUUUUUGUUUGUUUGUUUGUUUUUGCGGUACACGGGUCUCUCACUGUGGUGGCCUCUCCCGUUGCGGAGCACAGGCUCCAGACGCGCAGGCUCAGCGGCCAUGGCUCACGGGCCCAGCCGCUCCGCGGCACGUGGGAUCUUCCCGGACCGGGGCACGAACCCAUGUCCCCUGCAUCGGCAGGCGGACUCCCGACCACUGCAUCACCAGGCAAGCCCCCCAUAAUAUGCGCAGGCUCAGCGGCCAUGGCUCACGGGCCCAGCCGCUCCACGGUAUGUGGGAUCUUCCCGGACCGGGGCACGAACCCGUGUCCCCUGCAUCAGCAGGCGGGCUCUCAACCACUGCGCCACCAGGGAAGCCCCCUGCAGAACAGUUUAGACUCGUUAACUAAGUCACAUUCCAGAUUAGGGGCAAGUAGGCAAGUAGUAAUCUUAGCUUUGCACCCAUUCUGCUACCCAUCCCUCCCUACCUCACCUCCUGCAUUAUACGUACACUCUUUUAAUACUUUCAAACCCCAUAAGAAACUAUUUACUUCUAUUUUUUACUUUUUGUUUCUGAGUUUUUUGUGGCCCAAAGCAAAUAUAGGAUUAAUAUCUGUGUUCUAGUUUCAACCAAGAUAAUUUGAUGUCCUUCUAACUUCCCUUUUUCUUCCAGCACACACAUAGCUAAGAGGUAAGAAAUCUGUAAGGAUCCAGGGAUAAGGAGCAAGUUCUCCAGCCAAUAACCAGUAGGAGUCAGAAACCAUGGUUCUGUUCCCAAACUUUCAGUGCCCUGGGUAAUCCCAGGGGGUGUUAAAAAGACCUAUUGCUAGUUAAAACUCUCCAUUCCCAGCUUCCUCACUCCCCACUUGAGUGGCAGGACUGAGGGGUGGUCUGCUGCCAGAAGUGGUUGACUGUUUCAGAACCGACCCCACGGUGAGCACGAGUUAACCAAUUUGGUUUUUCAAAAUGAUUUUUCUUCUUCACACCUUUCCUAUCAUAGAAAGUCUCUCCUCCAUGGUUCUCCUAAUCUGAGGAUGGACAGACUAACCAGGAAAGGAGGAAAGGCAUCAGGGAUUUUCAAGUCCAUUUAGAGAGCAAACCAUAUCGUGCCUAUUCAUCUUGACCCAGGCUCUUGCAGAUAGGUCCUAAGCAUUACUAUUCACCAGAUUCUCUUUACAGAUAAAACCCAGCUAAUAAAAUAUUCAAUAAAUCGUCAACUAGGUACACUGCCUCACUCUUGACUAAAUGAGAGAAUAGUUAGAUUCUCUUAGAUUGGUAGAAAAUUGAAUGCAAUCUAUCGGUUUCAAAACGGUUUCACAUAGAAGGUCAUUCAUCUUGUGCUGACUGAGCUGAGAAGAAAAAAGAAAAAUGACAAUCUGGCCCUUUUGAAAAUGAAGCAGUAGGAACAAGAAAACCUUUAAAUUAUUAGAAUAUGGUAUUCCAGUACCUUUACAGCAGUUUUUCUCUUAGGUUUUCAGUUACUUUACCUUUCAAUUCAGUCUGAAAUGUUUCUAAUAAGUGCUAAGCUUAUUUUUAUGGUAUUAAGUUGCACUAUUUCCAGUGACUAGUCAGGCAUUAUGCCUGAUGCUUAUGCCUCCAGGGUAUGCUUCUCAAGCCUUCAGAUAACCUUCCACUUCAGGUCACCUUGGGGAGGUGGCAUUAACAAUAUAUCAUCUCAGUCUUACUUGGGAAUGUUCUAAGUUGUCUAGUAGAGAAGACUCCCUAAAUUUUAAAGAAUUUUCAUUAAAAUUCUCCAUCCUAUUAAACAGAAAAUAAAGCCAAAUAACCUGGAGUUGUUUGCCCUACAUAACCCCUGUGUUGAAGAUACUGAAGCUGUCUGUGGUACCCCAUGUAACAUCUUUAAGAAUAAGGUCUGGCAGAUGGGAAAUUUUUCUUGGGGCAGGGGAAGCAUACUUACAUGGGCUGGGAAGGCACACAGUGUAGACAUUUUAGGAGUUAUCACAGAUUUAAAUAGCCAAAGGAGGACGUCAUUGCCUUCCAGGUGAAGGCAUAAAUUGGUACAUUAAUAAUUGGACCGUUUACCAUCCUAAUUGCUCUUACUGCCUUUCUUCACCUAAGAGUCCUUAAAGAACUCUUGGGUGAAAUUAUGUGUUAUAAUGAGGGGGUCUUCUCUGGUCAUUACAUCACUCUUUGUUUCUAGAGCUCAUCGUCAGUAAGCAGUACCAGGGUGGUUUUCUCUGUGACCUACAGAUUUCACAGCAAGGAGAGAAAAGUCUCCCUGUUGCAUUACAACAAUGUGCUAAGUAAAAAAACUUGGCCAAGGGUAGUUUGCAGCUCAAUUUAUAGAAUAGUCCAAAGAGACUCCGAGAAACAUGAUGAUAGGCAGGGAUCUUUCCUACCGUGUUUCAAUACCUACAUAACCUAUUGAAAGAGGACAAUAGGUAAAGCAGUUCCUAAAGUUGGAAGUAAGACCUUCAUAGAUUCUUGGUUACUUAUUUUUUUUAAUGCUUUACAUUUGAUACAACUAUUAAAGAUCAAUUUUAAAAAUAGCUUUCCAGUAAUAUAUUUUAAGUAAUAUAUAUUUUAAUAUCUAUGUAAAAAGUGACAGUGGGAGACUUUGAAUUUCUCAUAUAAGGUGUGUUUGAUGUAGGGCCUCACUGUUAAGGCACAAAUUAUUUCAAAGGAAGUUACUCUAAAGACACUCAGAUUAUUUCCAAAAAAAUGCAAUAAGGGGAAGAGUUUUGGAGUUUAUUUUUUAUUUUAAAAGAAAAUUGACUUAUUUACCACAAGCUAUUUUUUUUUUCCUUCUGGCUAAAAGAUUUGUACAGACUGGUUUGGUAAAUGCUAAACUUUUGUGUCUUUUGCCUUUUUAAAGGAAUUGUUAACAUUGGAAUUGAGGGUAUGUACAGAGAAGUUGGUGUCAACACCAUUUAAAAAGUCAUAUUUUUUCACAAAUAUAGAAAAAUCAUUUUACAUAAGAAUUUUAAGUAUUUGCAAUAAAUAUAUGUAUAUAGAUUGUAUGUAUUCAUAUAUUCUUAUUUUUCAUUUUAUUAUUAAGUAAAAGAUAAUUAAAGUGGAAAUAAAAACCUUGGAGUUUUCGGUGCAUCUUGAGGUCUGACAUACAUGUGAAAGUGGUGUGGGUAAGGGCCCUCAGUUGUUGUCUUAUACUACUAUUGGAAGAUUACCAACAGAUUGCAUAGAAGAUAGUAAAAUGAGGAAUUUGGUGAUAAAUCAGGGUAGCGUAUUUCUUUCAGAACUCUAGUAAAAAUAUUAAAUUCUCCUAAUAUGUCUGUCUCUGUGCUUUCACCCUUGAACUGUUCUCUCUCCUAACCACCUAAUGUUACUGGGAAAGUAAAAACAAAACAAAACACA